UUUACGAACGUGAUGCUAAUGGCUCACUGUCACUGAUGUAACGUUAACUUAACGCGAGAACCAGUUAUCACUGUUAGCUGGCUAGACUCAUCAUACAGUCAGUACAAUGAAGACCGCUAGUUGACUGGCUCAUUAAUCUGCUGCAUCUGAAAAACGAGUCUGUUGACUGGGUACAAGAGUGGACUGCAGCUGUCUUAACCUCAUGAUGAUGCUCCAGGAUGGGUCAACACAGCUCCUCUGCCUCACAGCCAGCAGUGGGGUUCCUCUUUUCACAAGAGGGGCCUCCAAACAGCUGCCCUUCUCUGUCAUCGGCUCCCUGAAUGGCGUCCACAUGUUCGGUGAUGGUCAGGGAGUAGCGUUGACCUGCUGUGAGACUGAAGGAGGGGGUAAGGUUGUGUGGAGAGUUUUCCACGACAGUGUGAUGCUCAUCGCUGUGACUGGAGGUGGACAAGCUGGUGCAGGCAGCAGCAAAGAAGUGGAGGUCCGUUUACAACGCCUCCUGGAGAAUGUGUGGAACUGCAUGGUGCUGGUGUUGGGGCAAGAUGAGCUGGCCAACGUCAGGAAUGUGGAGAGGCUGAAGAGGGACUUGCGGUCCUGCUUCAGCCUCAUCGAUCAGCUGUUGGAGGAGAGGCAAGAGGGCAUCCUGGGUAACCUGACACACUGCGCUGAUUCAUUGCUGCCCCCUAACCCCACUCUUUUUCAAGAGGCCGUGGAUGGCUUUGCUCAGGCUGCAGACAGUGAAUUUGGCUGCCUCAUCGUUCAUGGGCGGAUAGCUGCUGCAACUGAGAAGUGGUGGCGCUUAGCACCACAGGAAGUUGUGCUGCUCUCUGCUUUGGUGCGGUCCCUCUCGGCUUCUGGAUCAGCCUCUUGUGAUUACCCAGUUUUCCUUCCCCAGGGCAGCCCCACCGUGGCUCACCGUCUGCUCCGCUUCCAGCUGCUCCCCGGGGCAGAUGUGUGCGUGCUGUGCGGCCCAACCCCUUCCCUGCACAAAGCCGAGAGUGGGCUGGUGGUUCGUUUCUGGACACCUCUGGUGGAGACCCUGAGGGACUGCCUGGCCGUUGGAGAGCGCUGCUUACCAGGCUCUGUGUCCCUGCGGCCUGAUGUACUGGCACUUCUUCUCAUCAACCGUGAAACACGUCGCUCAGUCUCCUGUGUGCGGACUUCCACUAAUCAUCACCCUCCAUUACCCUCCAAGGCCCGCUGUUGGGAGCUACUGAAGCUCUUCUACAUCUUCAGCACAACUCGCUACUUCAGCCAGGAGGAGACUUUGUGUGUCUCCCCAGAGGAGAGGGCUCAGAGAGGCAACACUGAGGACUUUGUCCAUGGUUUCUCCCACCAGCCACUACACUGCUAUCUAGUUACAGAGGAGUGCAAAAGCUAUGGACUUCAGACACCACAGCACCAGCUCUUCCUACUUAUACCUCUGUCAGUGCCCACCUUUGCACUGCGUACGGUGGCCACACAGACACUCUCUGAUAUAGUUACAGCCACUGGAUUUUAACUGAACAAUUUGCCCUGUUACAACAUCGUAAUUUUUAUGAACCCUCCAUCUUUGACCUAAUUAUGUAUUAAUUUACAGGUGAGUAGCUGCAAUAUGAAUUAGCUGCUGAUAUUGUGAUUUCUCUUUCACACAUACAUAAAAUUACAUGUUCACAGACCUUCAGGCAUAAAGAAAAGCUUCCAUCUGUUGUAAAGACAAUGAUUAAGAGACCACUGCUAAGAGAUGUGCAGUAGAAAAGGGUAUCACAGUUAACGGACAAAGAAUUUGAUACUAAUGAAAACAUGAGAACACUUGAAAAUGUCAAAGUGAACUGCUUUGAGCUUUGUUUUGCAUUCAAGAGAUAAAUACCGUUGCAGAAUUGUGUCUAACUUCACUGGCUUCACGGCAGUCCACGUCACGGUCAUGAAAGCUGGUCAGACCGCAUACUAACGUUAUCACUCAGAUUGCACUGUCAUUUCAAAUUUUAUUGGAGAAUCAUGUGAAAAUGUAACACUGGGAUAAAGACAUGCCUGCUGUUUGUUGUUUUGACAUGUUGAAUAAUUUCACUUCAAAACUGAUGAAAUUAUUGACUUGUAGGUGCUAGUUUUAAUGCUGAAUACAGUAGGUUACUUUCUGUG